GUCCCGAGCCGCUCACUUUGCAUUUUCACGACUAAGAACUAGUAGCAACAUGUGCGGGAUCGUCGCUAUCUACGCGUCCAUGCUGAGCAACGACGAGCUGCGCAAGGCCAUCCUCGAGGCCGGCAAGAAGAUCCGCCACCGCGGCCCCGACUGGAGCGGCGUGCGCAUCUUGCCCAAGGGCAUUGCGAUCGAGCACGAGCGCCUCGCGAUCAUCGACCCCGAGUCGGGCGCGCAGCCGCUCGUCUCGAACGACGGCACGAUCACGCUCGCGGUCAACGGCGAGGUGUACAACUACAAGGAGCUCGCGGCCGCCUUGCCGACGCCGUAUGCGUUCAAGACCAAGUCGGACUGCGAAGUCAUCAUCCCGCUCUACAAGCAGUACGGCCCGUCGUUCGUCUCGAAGCUCCGCGGUAUGUUUUCGUUCGUGCUCUACGACUCGACCGCCGACGUGCUCCUCGCUGCGCGUGACCACAUGGGCAUCACGCCCUUGUACUACGGCUACGCGGCCGACGGCAGCGUCUGGUUCGCGUCCGAAAUGAAGGCGAUCGAGCACGGCUGCGUGCGCUUCGAGUGCUUCCCGCCGGGCCACGUCUUCCACAGCAAGACGGGCGAGUUCACGCGCUGGUUCACCCCGUCGUGGAUGGAACCCGGCCAUCUCGGCACGACGCCGCUCGACCUCGCCAAGCUCCGCACGGCGUUUGAAACCGCGGUGCACAAGCGCAUGAUGUCGGACGUGCCGUGGGGCGUCCUUCUCUCGGGCGGCCUCGACUCGUCGCUCGUCGCCUCGAUCGCCGCGCGCCACCAGAAAAAGAUGUUUGCCGAAGGCAACGAGUCCGAGUGGUUCCCGCGCCUCCACUCGUUCACGAUCGGCCUCGAAAACUCGCCGGACCUUGCCGCGGCCAAGGAGGUCGCGUCGUUCCUUGGCACGAUCCACCACUCGUACACGUACACGAUCCAGGAAGGCCUCGACGCGGUCGCCGACGUCAUCUACCACCUCGAGACGUACGACGUGACGACUAUCCGUGCGUCGACUCCGAUGUUCCUCAUGUCGCGCAAGAUCAAGGCCAUGGGCAUCAAGAUGGUGCUCUCGGGCGAAGGCGCCGACGAGGUGUUUGGCGGCUACCUCUACUUCCACAAGGCGCCCAACAAGGAGGCCUUCCACAAAGAGACCGUCGAUAAGCUCAAGUCGCUCCACCAGUACGACUGCCUCCGUGCCAACAAGGCCACGUCGGCAUGGGGCCUCGAGGCGCGCGUGCCGUUUUUGGACGCCGACUUUCUCGACGUCGCGAUGAACAUCGACACGCAAGAGAAGAUGUGCGACAAGGCGAGCGGCCGCAUGGAGAAGCACAUUAUCCGCAAGGCGUUCGACACGCCGGACGAGCCGUACUUGCCGGCGCACAUUCUGUGGCGCCAGAAGGAGCAGUUCUCGGACGGCGUCGGGUACGGCUGGAUCGACUCGCUCAAGGACUGGGCCGAGCGCGAAGUCUCGGACCGCCAAAUGCAGCACGCCGAGCUCCUCUUCCCGUACAACACGCCGCAGACGAAGGAAGCGUACUUUUACCGCAGCAUCUUUUCCAAGCACUUUGAGAAGGAAGUCGCGGCGCAGACGGUGCCGGGCGGCCCGAGCAUUGCGUGCUCGACGCCCGCCGCCAUCGAGUGGGACGCGGCCUUCAAGAACGCCGCCGACCCGUCGGGCCGCGCCAUCGCCGGUGUCCAUGUCGACGCGUACAAGGGCCAAUAAACAUCAUCUAAUACUACACUACUCUACUGCACA